AUGGUAAAGAAGAGCAAGGAUAUCCGACCCCUACUGACAAGGAGAAUGGAUAUGUGGGAGGCAGGUCUCCUUGCCGAACUGCUUCGUGAGGCCCAGCGGUGCGACAACCAGCUGCAAUCCAGCAUGAGCCCAAUGUCCAAUGAACAAGUUCAAAGGACAUUCAACCGACUAAUGCUGGAGGGACGGGUACGCUCGGCUGUGCGACUAGUGACCGACCGGAGUAGUGGAGGUGUACUGGACCCGGCCGACGAAGCACAUGGCAAGACAGGCCCGCUAGGCAAGACAGUGUAUGAUGUUUUGCAGGAAAAACACCCAGCUCCAAGAACCCCUGACCCAAGUGCGUUCCUAGAAUGCAAUGAGCUGCCACCGCUGGAGCAGGUCAACAUCACCAGUGCCCAUGUGGAACAGGUUGCAAGGCGUCUAUUUGGUAGUGCUGGUCCCAGUGGAACGGAUUCUGAGCAGUGGAGGGCCUUUCUUUUGCGGUAUGGGAAUGCCAGUGCCCGCAUGAGGGAAGCCAUUGCAGCCUCAACACGUCUUCAUGCCAAUGAAGUCGUACCCUGGAAUGCCAUGAGAGCGUUCCUUGCCCGGAGAGGAGUCGCACUUGACAAACAGCCCGGAGUUCGCCCGAUUGGCAUAGGAGAAUGUCGCCAGCGCAUUGAGGCCAAGGCAUUGGCACUCGCUACAGGCACUGACGUGCAAGAUGUAUGUGGAGCCGAUCAACUCUGCGCUGGUACGAAGGCAGGCAUCGAGGCCGCGGUACACGCUAUGAACGAGCUCUUCAACAGCGAGGAAACGGAGGGCAUCUUGCUCGUGGAUGCCUCUAAUGCAUUCAACUCCAUCAGCAGAUCCGCUGCCCUCUGGAACUGCCGCAUACUCUGGCCACGCGCAAGCCGGUUUCUAUUCAACUCGUAUCGAGGCUUCGCUGUCAUCAUUCUCAAAGGAACAACCCCCAGCAAUAUCCAUGUCAUUCUAAGUCGUGAGGGAACCACCCAAGGCUGUCCAUUGGCAAUGCUGAUGUAUGCAGUUGGAGUGCAACCUCUUGUCACCCGGCUGAAAGAUCCAGAACAGCACAUUCAGAAUUGGUAUGCUGACGAUUCGUCCUGCGCUGGCUAUCUGCGUAGGGUAAGGGCCUGGCUUUGCUCCCUUCUCGAAAUUAGUCCAGCAUAUGGCUACUUUGCUGAGCCCACCAAGAGUGUCCUGAUUGUCAAACCUCAGUUCCUGCAGGAGGCACAAGACCUUUUCAGCGACUUCCAGGUGGAAGUCACACUAUCCAGCCGAUUCCUAGGAGGAUGCAUCGGUGAUGAAGCGGGUGUACAGCAGUUUGUCAGCAACAAAGUUGCAUCGUGGGUUAAGAGCGUGGAACACCUCUCUGAUGCUGCCAAAGCAUACCCACAAGCAGCUUAUUGCGCGUUUACACCGUCCCUCUCCUGCGAAUGGUCAUACAUUCACCGCGUUGUCGAAGGCCAUGAAGCCGAGUACGCCCCGCUACGUGACAUCAUUCGGCAACAGUUCACGCCUGCUGUCCUUGGUAGAGAGGUCCUUGAGCGAGAACAUCAGCUACUCGCCCUCCCUGCCAAGUUCGGUGGCCUCGCCAUCACCGAUCCUACCGAAACAGCACCGGGUGCCCAUGCAGUGUCGAAAGAUGCUACUCGGACUCUGACGCGCUCCAUCUGCUCCGGUCAGCCAGUGGUCAUCAAUGACCAUUCUCGUCAUUGCCAACUAGCGACGAGCCAGGCAAGCCGGAUAAGGGACGAGCAAGCAGGGGCACUCAGCAAGGAUCUUCUUCAAGACCUCCCCAAAACGGAACGGCGCACUCUCUCCCGCAUCGUCGACGGACAUGCUUCCGGCUGGCUGACCGUCCUACCGCUCCGUCAGGAAGGCUACGACAUGUCCGCAACCCAGUUUCGGGAUCAGCUGGCAAUCCGCUACGGCAGGCAGCCCAACUCUCUUCCAUCUCAAUGUGACGGAUGUGGCGCCCCAUUCACCUUGCAGCACGGCCUUGACUGCCAUAAGGGCGGCCUUGUCAAGAGAGGCCACAACGACCUCCGUGACAGUGAUGCCAAGCUUGCCGACAUUGCCUUCGGCGGCGUCACCAUCGAGCCGAUCCUCAUCCCGGAACAGGACAGGAAUGGUCGGCCUAUGCUCCAAGCGGACUGGCUCGCUCGCGGAGUAUGGGAAGGCAACCGGUCGGCGUUUUUCGAUAACCGCAUCGUAGAUGCUGACGCACCCAGUUAUGCCAAGGCCAACCUGUCCUGGAAUGCCACCGCCAACAAAGCAGCUGCAGCGAAGAAGAGGAAGUACAAACAUGCCGCUGAAGAGCUACGAGGCUCUUUCACUCCUCUGGUGUGUUCCACUGAUGCUGUCCUCCACCGCGAGUACAGUGCGUACCAGAAGCGUCUCGCCAGCUGCUUAGCAGCGAAAUGGGAGAAGCCCUUCUCUGCCAUGAUGGCUUGGGUACGCGUGCGCACUCAGUUCGCCAUUUUCAGCGCCGUGGACAUGCGUCUGCGAGGCUUCCGUCGCCGUCUUAUGGGACUCUCCGUACAUGACGGUGCCGGCGUUGGAAUCGGCCACUGA